GUGUCGACUCGCUGGCUCAGAGUGAAGCUUCCCUCCUGCCGAAAGCAAACUGCACAUUCUCCUCUUUGUAAAGGGGACGGAGGGAGGGGGCUAACUCAGGAAAUCCCCUUCACCUCGGGGACAGGCGCCCUCCUCCUGACCUCAGGUUUCAUUUGGUUUUGUCCAAGUGUUGCGGGACUGCAGAGGGGUUUCUGUUGGGAGUCGGAGACUCCAAGCUGCUGCACUCUGUUUUUGGAGAGUUACUGUAGACCACAAACGGAUGUGAGACAGGGAAGGUGUGCCCCCUCCUGUCUCUUCUCUCUUUCUUUCUGCUGUCACCAACAGCCCAGAGAAACACAGGGGAAGCUGCUGAAUGUGUUCACUGCAAAAUUCACUGAGAUGGAUGUGACGUUUUAUCUGCAGACUGCUCCAGCCACCAUCUCCACAGAUUCUCCCUGCCUGGGACCUUCACCCUGCUUAGAUCCAUACUAUAGCAAUAAGUUUGAUGGUGAAAACAUGUAUAUGAGUAUGACAGAUCCAAGCCAGGAGUGUAUGCCAGGAAGCCAGGCAAAGCAACGUAAACAUAAUGGCCCCAAUUUUGACGGUUUCUGUUCAUCGGGAACGGGCUGCCAGCGCCCGAUCCAUCCGUCAGCAUUUUCACUGGGGCCUUCGCAAAGGCAAGCCAGUGCCCACCUGUCUCAGAUGCAUGAUCUGGGAAACACAGAAACUACUCAUUACAGUGCUCACCCACAGAUGUCAAUGAUGAGAUCUGCUAUCCAAUCUACAGACAUCAGACACCCAGGAGCAAUGCAACGUGGUCAGCUGACCACUAUAAACCAGUCACAGCUCAGUGCACAACUUGGUCUUAACAUGGGAGGAAAUGCUAUCCAGCACAGCUCACCAUCCCCACCAGGAAGCAAGUCUGCUACUCCAUCACCAUCCAGCUCAGUCCAUGAAGAUGAAACCGAUGAGACAUCCAAGAUGAAUGGUGGUGAAAAACGGGCUGCAGUAGAUGUUGGAAAGAAACCCAAAACUCCAAAAAAGAAGAAAAAGAAGGAUCCAAAUGAGCCGCAGAAACCCGUGUCAGCCUACGCUCUGUUUUUCCGUGAUACCCAAGCAGCUAUCAAAGGUCAAAAUCCAAAUGCCACAUUUGGUGAAGUUUCAAAGAUUGUUGCCUCAAUGUGGGACGGUUUAGGUGAAGAGCAAAAACAGGUGUACAAAAAGAAGACUGAAGCUGCAAAAAAGGAAUAUCUCAAACAGUUGGCAGCUUACAGAGCCAGCCUGGUUUCCAAGAGCUACAAUGACCCAAUUGAGACAAAGACAUCCCAGGCUUCUCAGAUGAUGAAUUCAAAGCAGCCAGUGUUUUCUGGUCACUCACAGGCACCAUCUCCACUGUACCUUGGUUCAGGUGCCUACCAUCAACAGCCUGGUAUGAACCCUCAUAUGUCCACCAUGCAUCCUAAUCUGUCUCGGAGUAUUGCCCCCAAGCCCAACGGUCAGAUGCCAGUGACUGUUUCUAUUGCAAAUAUGACCGUCUCCCCACGUCCAUCUCUUCAGAUCAGCCCACCUCUGCACCAACUAUCCAUGCAACAGCACCAGCUACACCAGCAGCAGAAUACUGUUCUCUCUCAGCAAAUAGGAAACCACCAACUAUCCAUGCAGGUUCAGCACUCGCCAACAAUGCAGCAGGGGUUCUUACAGUCUGAGUUUCAGAACAUAAUGAACUCAACAUCUACAGCUGCACCUGUUGCUACUCCGACAAUGGACUGCAUUCGCUCAGUUUGCCGGAACCCCCCACCCCAGAGCGUUGACUGGAAUGAAUACUGCAAUAAUGGAAGUUUGCAGAGGGAUAAAGCACUCUACCUCACCUGAGGAUAUAGCGUUCUUUCCUAUGAUGACUGCAGGGAAGUCUUCAAAUAUGGAUUGCAUCAAGGCAGUUCUGUGACCUUUUAGACAACAAGUCGCUAAGCACUUAGAUCUUUAAGCUUGCACUUAAACCUGUGGGAUUGCCCAAUUGACAAGACAUUAUUUUGCUUCUUUCCAUCGAAGAUUAUUAUUGGACAAAUGUCCCUCUUCAUUUCUGAAGAAAACCUGGAUCAUUUUGCUUACUGUUGGUUUUGCUGUGGAGUGCUGCUGUAGUGAACUGCCUUAGCAAUUUUAUGUCAUACUAGGAACAUAAUCCUAGACCUUCCAUCAGUUGUUAAUAGUUAACCAGUGAAACCAUUUGCUGAUGGAUAGAGCACUCAUAGCAAGUUUGUAAAUAGGGUCUGUGUUGCACUCUGUUAGAGUAUAAAAUGAUAAAAAGGUUUUCCUAGUUAAAAUGUAACUUUAUACUGACGCUGUUCAGUGAGAUUAUAUCAUUUAAAUGGGACCAGAUUGGCAAGAUUAGUAUUUUUUGCUUAAUUUGUAAGAAAAUGGUUUCAUAGUUAUAUAUUUGCAAAAUUGCUUCCAACAGUUUUAUUAAGCAAUCCCAAAUUGUCUCAUAGAAUAGCAUGAACAGUUUUUAAGUGUUUGAAAAAAAAACACAUUUAUUUUGUACUACAUAGAUGUUUUUGUAUCUUCUAUGGUGUAAUGGGUAGUAAUUAUGUCACUCCAUACUUUUGUGUAAAACAAAAACUGCCAAAUGCUUCUCUGGUGUUUAUUAGAUACAGCUAAGUUAUAACCUUGACAUAUGGCUAUAUAUAAUUGUUUCUUCAUAAUGUAUGUCCAUAUUUAAUCUUUUUUUAAUGGAAACUGUUACGCCUAUUUAUGAAAUAAUAAAUAGAGGUGUUUGUAAGUAAUUUUGUAAGCAUCAAAAACUAUUUCAGGUGCCAUUUAACUUUGCUGGCACAAUAAGUCUCAAACUGUGUGAUUAUGCUUACCAUUUUGAUUUAGUUUCUUCAGUAAUAAUAAAAUAAACAAAUCUGGAUUUCUUCUUUGC